GUUUAUCUCAGAGAAAUGCUGUGAACUAAAAAAUCGGCUGAUAGAUGAAGGAAAUGUUAAAUGACAGAGGCAAGAACCUCCGAAUUCUGCUUCAGCCCUAAAUAUGGAAGACAAAAACAGCCGUAGCAGACACCAUUCAACCACAAAAAAGCUCAAAGUCGCUUUCUUGGCACCUGGGUGGAGUUCAACCGUACUCCAUGAAAUAAAUGAGAUAACCAAAGAAAUGGCAAAAUACAUGGCUAAGAGCUCUGAGGUUGAAAUAUAUAUCCUCGUUCCAAAGUGCAGUGACGAGGAUAAGAAAGCAGCUGAAAGUUACAACAUCAACCUUGUUGAAGCAAGUGAAAAAGUUGGCUACGCUGAACUGCAUUGGCUGGGCAGGGUGCCAAAUAAGUUAUUAACCCAUGUUGUUGUAGGACAUGAUAUCGAGCUCGGUCGUCAUGCACUAAGUAUAAAGGAGUCCCAAUCCCCACAUUGUAAAUAUGUCCAAUUUAUCCAUAAAUCCUAGGAGGAAAUUGGAAAGUACAAGGAGAACUCAAAUCCAAAAUCAACAGAGGAAAAUCAUAAACUACAAGUUCGACUUUGCAGAGUGUCAGACUUUGUAGUAACAAUUGGGCCCAGGUUACAUGAAAUUGUUUCCUCCAACCUCCGCCCUUAUAAGGAUGGUAAACGCGUGUUCGAUUUCACCCCUGGUAUUCUGGAGGAGUUUACUGAACUGGAACAAAGUCAAGAGGAAUUAAAAAAUUUUAGAGUCGUAUGCUUUUGUGGUGGAGGUUUAGAGGACUUUACUCUACAAGGAGUUGACAUUGUAGCUAAAGCUGUUGCUAAGUUGGGGGAUUGUAAUCUUUUAUUUAUCGGUGCAGCAGAUGGGAUGCAAGAAGAGACAAGAUAUCGGCUGCUCGGGUAUGGUAUCGAUCCUAAAGUUUUAACGAUACGAAGCGUUUUCCACAUCCAGGAAAGUUUGAAGGAUGUGCUUCUUGAAGUGGAUCUUGCGAUUAUGCCCUCGAGAGAGGAAGGUUUUAGUUUAAUCUGUCUUAAAGCCUUAUCAGCUGGUCUGCCCAUCCUUGUAAGUAAAAACUCAGGAUUGGGAGAAGCUCUGAUGAAAAUACCAUCUGGGUCUAAUUUUGUUGUUUCGUCAGAUGAUCAUGGCGCCUGGGUUAAAGAAAUUGCGAAGAUCCGCAUGAAGGAUAGGUGCACGAGGCUUAAGGAGGUUAAAGUUUUGCGUCACUUAUUCCAGGAGGCGCACAAUUGGGAGAAGCAAAUAGAAACCCUCAUUUGCAACUUAAAAAGCAUUACUAAUGGUAUGAAUUUUGGCGACGAUAAGGACGGUAUCUACGACAACCACAAAGACCAUGACGACGACGAUGAAGAAGAAACCGAGAAGCUGCAGAAUUUAGCGGGGAAAGAGAUUCCUCAGAAUGGAGGACCCUUGUGUUCGCGGACGACAUCAUUUGAGGAAAUUACGAGUCAGGCUUCUUACUCAGGGAAAGACACCUAUGAUCUGAGACAGCCUGCUUUCAUGGAAAUCCCAAGUGAUAAAAGAGGCUCUGAAAAGUUUCCGUUGAAAUCAACAGAAGAAAAUCUUUCUGAGAGAGACGGACCCUUGCGUUUAAGGACGAUCUCAUUAAGGAAAAUAACGACUGCUACCUCUUACUCAGGGGAAGCCAUUCUACCCACCAUAACUGAUGAAGCAUGUCCUAAUAGAACUCGUGGAAUUGGUUUAGGACUAAUUCCUUAUGUUUCUCAUAAACUUUCUUAUCUUGCAAGAGAUAUUACAGCUACUUCCUUAGCUAUCCAGGAUGUGCUGGCCAGCUCAAUGGUAUUUUUUUUAUGUGAGGGAAGAAUGGAAGAAGGACGUAUUUCUUCUCCUAUAAUUUGUAACAGCCUUUUUAAUUCUAAAGUUAUCAGUCAGGAAACUACCGCUAAGACUGGAUCUCGUGUCUGAAAUUUUUAAAUUCAAUUACUCAAGAAUUCAAGGAUACUGGAAAGGAUGUUACGUAUGGUGGGUCGUAACGGCGAUCACUUCCGCUUUGACACUUUUUUACACGUUGUACGAAUAUUACAAGUUCCUCUCAUAUCCACUUCCUGCUGCCAUGUUUUCAUUGAGCGGUUUCGUUUUCUUGUAAUGGUUGUUACAUGUUAAAAUUCUACCGAAUGAAAGAGGAAAUAAGAAUUUGGCUGCUGGGCUGGCUUGGAGCU